AGUUUUCUACCAAAAAAACGCACCCCAAUUUUUGUUUCUUUCCCUAAUUAGCAUCGAUUAAUCACCAGGUUAGCUCUCCCCCUAAUUUCAUUCUUUAUUCAAGUACCAUUCUCAUUCAUUCAUCAAACAUGGCAAUUGAAGUCCCACUCUCAUUCAUCUCUUCCAAACUCUCCCAACCAAAGAUCUCAAUCUGCAACUUCCACAAUCUCCCCUCAAAUGGCCAACUCAAAUUCAACUCAAAUUUCAAAUACCCAAUUGCUAAACUCUUCACAAAAAACCCCAAACCCCACCAAACCCUUAAACCCCAAUCUCACAAAAACCAAAUCAAUUGCAUGUUUACUGGCAUUGUUGAAGAAAUGGGCGAAGUUAAGCAACUGGGGUAUGGCGUUAAUGGAGGGUUUGACCUUAAAAUUGGAGCUAAAGUUGUUCUUGAAGGUGUAAAACUUGGUGAUAGCAUUGCAGUUAAUGGGACAUGCCUUACUGUUACUGAAUUUAAUACAGAAUUGUCAGAAUUUACUGUUGGGUUAGCACCUGAGACGCUUAGGAAGACAUCGUUGGUUGAGCUCGAACCCGGGUCUGUUGUUAAUUUGGAGAGAGCUCUCUUGCCUUCUACUCGUAUGGGUGGCCAUUUUGUUCAAGGACAUGUUGAUGGGACAGGGGAAAUUGUAUCGCUUGAUCCAGAGAAUGAUUCUUUGUGGGUGAAGGUAAAGACUAGUCCAGAGUUAUUGAAGUAUAUUGUUCCAAAAGGGUUUAUAACCGUUGAUGGUACAAGUUUGACAGUGGUGAAUGUGUUUGAUGAUGAACUAUGCUUCAACUUCAUGUUGGUUUCUUACACUCAGCAAAAUGUAGUGAUACCAUUGAAAAAAGUUGGGCAGAAAGUGAAUCUGGAGGUGGAUAUACUGGGGAAAUAUGUGGAGAGACUCCUCAGCAGUGGGUUUCUUGAGUCUUUCAAAUGACCUUAAGCAUCUUAUGUUCCUAUUCAUCCACUUUAUCCAUUGCUGCAUUUCGAUCCUGAGAGUGACUGAAGUGGUUGAUGUGGAAGCACUCGUCUACAGAAUUUUCAUGCUGUCAUCAAAACUUUAAAAGGUUACACAGGUACCCAUUUCGUAAGUAGAUUUGGUUUGGGUCAAGGAUUUUCAACCCGUUUAAUAAAUGGGUUAGGUUUGGGUUAAGAUCUAUCAACCCGUUUAAUAUGAACACGAACACGAAAGUGACCCGAUCGUUUUCACAUCCCCAUUAAUAUUAGAGUUUUAGUCUAAUAUGGCAUGAUAUUAAAUGGUUGAUACUUCCUCUGUUUUUUAAAUAUUACACUACUUUUUUGCAACCAUUUUUUUUUUUUCAAUGUUAUACUUUUUUGCAAUUACUCCAUUAAUGUAUUUUACUACAGUAA